UCAACAUAUACCCAAAUACUAAUAUAUCAUCACCCAGAGUCAACUCCACUUUUCAAUUCUCAAUAAAUCCACCAAAAUGAAACUCCUCUCCCUUGCCACCACCCUCACCUCCCUCAUCGCAACCGUCUCCGCCUCCCUACCAUCCACAUAUACCCUCGUCGCAGACGGAGGUUGGACAGUCGUUACUGAUGGAACACACUUAUACAUCGGAACCGGCGACAUAAAACACUACCCCAUUCUCAUCCUAAAAGGCGGCUCCAACAACAGCAUGAUCACCGGCCACAAGCAAUAUGACACUACCACAGGCACACAACAUCUCUACGUCAACGAGGACGAAACAGCACCGAUUGCCCUGACGGAACCGAAUGGCGCUGCUCCCGCCGGGGCAAGUGUGACUGGGUUCGAUGUGGACGAGGGGAAUUAUCUGCUUCUUGAUGGGGUGGAUGCGUGGGGUGUGGAGCCGAGUGAGGGGCAGAUUAGGAGGAUUUAUUGGCUUGGCGGUGAGGAUGAUGUUGGUGAUAAUGAGUAUAAGGAGAUUGGGCUGUGGGUUAAGGAGUGUAGGGGGUGUUAAGAUUAUUGAACUGGGGUGG